CGAUGAGCCUAUAAUCGUCCAUUGUAAAUCCAGCAACUCUUCCUUGCUACUCUCCAGUACUACAGACGCAGCAAGCAUGGGGCCAGCAGUUCUUGGCUUGCUUUUGGGAUGCCUGGCAAUCACCAGCGCACAGGUGGUAGAAGAUGGAUACGCGGCUCUAUGUCAGAAUAACUACGAUGGCACCUUCAGCUACGUGGCCCCUGGGUCGGGAUGCAAGAGGUUCAUCAGCUGUUAUGGACAGAAUUACAGCGGACUUCUCCAGUGCCCCGAGAGGACUCUCUUCAGCGAUAACACUCAGAGGUGUGAAGACGACGAUAAAGUCGACUGUCGGGAGUCCUUUAUCCAAACCCCAGAUUGUGUGACCGGCGUAAAUCCCUACAACUGCUCGGCCUUCACGUACUGCCACCUUGGCACUCAGUACCCCUUCAGCUGCAACCAAGAACUCUACUACUCUGAGAGCCAGCUCAUCUGUGUGUACCAAAAUCAACUGACGGUCGAGGACAGACGGAAGUGCAACAUGGACAACGGCCUAUACAACUCACCAUGUAGAGGCAAACCUGCAAUGGGGACUCCACAGAAGUCGCACGGAGAUCUUACGGAGAGGGUACGGAGAUCGUGCGGUCUCCGCAGCUACUGCACGGACAUCGUACGGAGCACGUGCGGCAUCCGUGCGGAGGCUGAGCGGAGAUGGGUGUACAAUGUACAUCUUGUUGUCUUGGACCCUCUCAUGAACUGA